AUGCGUUAUGCUCUGAUCGAGUUCAGGUUGUCAUUCCAAUCAGAGUCGAACUACGUGGUGUUUUACAAGCCCGAAAAGAAUAGCAUCCUUGCUGACGCGCUUUCUCGGCGUCCCGAUUACGACUACGACGCGACGAUGGCCAUUAGCCAGUCGUCCCUGCUGAUGACGGCCUUCGAGCGCGAAUGGUGCAUGAAUUUCAUGACACCCCAGCUGGUGGUCAUGUGGGUCUCGAAAGACGUUAACGGUCAUUUCUCGAGUAUUUUUCUGGAAACGCAUGUACAAGUACAUCCAGAAAUGGGGAAGCCUGGCAUUCCGUCAGUAUGGACUUCAUCAUUGGAAUUUACCUCUCCGCGCGCAUUACAGCGGAGGAAACCGCGGAGGUCUUUAUUGAUCUCAUAUUCAGACACCAGGGCUUGCCAGAAUACAUCGUCUCCAACCGUGACCCGCGCUUUACUUCGGCUUUUCGGACAGGGCUGUUUUAAUUACUGGGCACGCGUUUGCUUAUGUCUACGGCGGCCCAUUCAGAAACGGAUGGGUAAACGGAGUGUAUCAGUCGAUUGCUCCGAAGAUGUCCUGCGUAGUUAUGCUACAUCGUUCACGUCGUGGAGCUUAUUCCUUCCACUCGCCAGAUUUGCAAUCAACAAUGCAGUCGAUGCGUCAACAGGAUUGACGACAUUUUUUGUGAGCACCGCGAGGCACCCUCGCGUUUCAGCGCAUCUUGCUUUCAAAGAUUCACCACACACGAGCUCUACGCUUGGUGGGGGAGUAUCUGCCGAUGGCAUUGCGCCUGAACAUUUGAUGAUUAAUUACGUUGUCGAUAAGGUCGCUCACGAUGCGUCUCAUGCUGUUAAUUUUGUGGCCAACGGCGUCUCAAGUCCCGACACGAUGCAUCCCGUCACGCCCUCCUUAGCUAAUUUUGCUCCUACAGAGUUCACUUCACUUAUUAGCUCGGCUGCUGUGACCGAUCUUAUAUUGCUCCGACAAGGAAUUACACGCUUUGUACAUGAUGCCCUUCAACAAGCCGUCGACAAGCAAAAAGAGAACGAGGCCAAGCGAGGUCGAAAGCACCUGUCAAUAUUUAACGAAGGUGAUAAAGCCCUAUUUUCGACAAGUAGGCUGCAAGCACAUCCGUGA